GGCGAGGGCAGCAGAGCGCUGUAGCGUCGCAAGAGAGGCGCGCCGUGAUGCCGUCACGCUGCGCAGAGCUGCAGCGCCGUUGCUGGCCGCCGGCGUGGUGAGGCCGCGUGCGUCGUCGCGCCUGCCUUGCGCCGCUCCACCGCUGAUCGGCCGCUUGCUUGCUACCCAUCAGGAAUGGGCAGAGCCAUGGCCGACGACCGCCUCCUUUUCCAUGGACCAUAAUAUUACCCCCCCCAAGCGCAUCACCGCAGCUCAUCACAGGACCCCAUAUCAUGCUCCCUCCCCCACAGCGUAACCCGGUCGCGCAUUUUGAAACGCCCUUGAUCUGAAGACGCGCCGCCUGCGUCCGCAGCACCUCAUCUCCGUCCACAGUACAUAACCUCUCGUCGGCGCAUCUGGUCUCGUCCCCAUCCAAACGGCCCUCCGCACGCAACCCCGCGCCCGCCCACAAUGUCGGCCACGUCUACGCCCUCCAAGUUCAAUACGGAAGACGCGGAUCACGGGUGGAAGCCCAACAACCGCCCGCACUCAACCGUGGCACGCAACUUCAUGUCCGAGUUGGACGACCUCUUCCGGCUCGAUGGCGGCAUCGACGUGCUCGAUAAGAACGUGCACCAGAAGAAGCAAGCCGUCUCGCACCAUGCCCAGGAGCUCGAGGCUCUCGAGGCCAAGCUCCGCGAAACCGAAGAGCGCCUGAAGCAAGCAAAGACGUCGCCGCCGCGCCGCAAGGACAGCCAGCGCCGAACGCCCAUCCAGAGCGCCUUCCCUGACGAGGACAGGGCUCGGCUAGCGGCCGCCGGGAGUCCUCUGGCUGCCCGUCGCAAGGAGAACGCCCGACCUCAGAAGGACUUGCCAGACCGGCCGCGCACAGCUCAGACCGAAGACGGCGAGAAGGCUUAGUCUCCCCAACAGCCGUCUGCUACGAUAGAUAUCAUCACGACUGCGAGCGCAUAGGUCCUUCUUCAGCAACGCAUACGAGAGCAACUUGGCGCUUAACAUUG